ACCCGCCUCUCCUGCCCAGCCGGCCGGAGGAGGCGGCGGCGGCGGCGGAGAAGCCGGAGGAGGAGGAGCGGCGGGGCCCGGCGGGGCAGCCAUGAACGGCAGCCGCAGCGAGAGCGACUGGCAGGGGCUGGUGGGAGAGUACCUGGUGUGUAAACGGAAACUGGAGAGCAAGAAGGAAGCGUUGCUGAUUCUUUCGAAGGAGCUCGAUUCCUGUCAACAGGAAAGAGACCAGUUCAAGCUUAUGGCUAACCAACUACGGGAAAAACACCAAUCGCUAAAGAAGAAAUACCAAGAACUAAUUGAUGGCGACCCGUCUCUUCCCCCGGAGAAGAGAAAGCAGGCAAAUCUCACCCAGCUUCUGAGCGAUUCCCGGGAUCGAAAUAAACAUUUAGGGGAAGAAAUCAAAGAAUUGCAUCAAAGACUGGCAGAGGUCCAAGGAGACAACAAGCUUCUACGGAUGACAAUUGCCAAGCAAAGACUCGGAGACGAAGAAGUCGGCGCCCGCCAUUUUGCGCCCCACGAGCGGGAAGAUCUGGUGCAGCAGCUGGAGAAGGCGCGAGAACAAGUAAUCAAACAAAAAUCUCCCGCUUUGCGAACGUUGAGUCUCGUCCCUUCGUCCUAAAUUUCGCUUCUUCGU